CCAGGAGGAGGAGGAGGAGGAGGAGGAAGAUGGCGGCGCUCGGCCCCCUCGGCGGCGGCGGCGCUCAGCUCUCCGCCAGUAACCCUCUGUAUGAGACAUAUUACAAGCAGGUGGAUCCAGCUUGCACUGGUAGAGUUGGGUCCAGUGAUGCAGCUCUGUUUCUCAAAAAAUCUGGUCUUACCGAUGCUAUCUUGGGGAAAAUAUGGGAUUUAGCAGAUCCAGAGGGCAAAGGAUUUCUGGAUAAACAGGGAUUCUUCAUUGCGCUGCGGCUAAUUGCCUGUGCCCAGAGCGGUCACGAUGUCAUUCUCAGCAACUUAAAUUUGACGUUACCGCCUCCAAAAUUUCACGACAAUACAAGCCCCCUGCUGCUUGCUUCCACAGAUGCUCAUUGGGCUGUCAGAGUAGAAGAAAGGGCCAAGUUUGAUGGCAUUUUUGAAAGCCUUUUACCAGUCAAUGGUUUACUUUCGGGAGAUAAAGUGAAGCCAGUAUUGAUGAACUCCAAACUACCUCUUGAUGUCUUGGGAAGGGUGUGGGAUCUUAGUGAUAUUGAUAAAGAUGGGCACCUUGACAGAGAUGAAUUUGCCGUGGCGAUGCACCUGGUCUAUCGUGCCCUUGAGAAGGAACCCGUCCCCUCUGUGUUGCCCUCAUCUCUUGUUCCACCUUCCAAGCGGAAGAAAGUGCCAAUCUUUCCUGGGGCAGUGCCAGUUCUUCCAGCCAGUCCUCCCCCCAAAGACAGUUUGCGGUCCACUCCGUCACACGGCAGCGUCAACAGCCUCAACAGCACAGGAAGCUUAUCCCCCAAACACAGCCUGAAGCAAACACAGCCGUCUGCAAACUGGGUGGUGCCAUUGACUGACAAGAUUCGCUAUGAUGAAAUAUUUCUGAAGACAGAUUUGGACCUGGAUGGCUUUGUGAGCGGCCAGGAAGUGAAGGAUAUUUUCAUGCACUCGGGGCUUUCCCAGAACCUCUUAGCACACAUAUGGGCAUUGGCUGAUACCAGGCAAAUGGGAAAGCUCAACAAAGAUCAGUUUGCACUCGCCAUGUACCUCAUUCAGCAGAAGGUCAGCAAAGGCAUUGACCCACCACAGGCGCUGCUCCCAGAUAUGAUCCCUCCUUCCGAAAGGACCACUCCUGUCCAGACUCUCUCAGGCUACUUGGCCUCUGUAGGAACUGAGAUCUCGACACUCACAGAAAUGCGUCGUGACAGCUCAAGUUCUGUUGGAUCAGGGGAAUUCACUGGCGUGAAAGAACUGGAUGAUAUCAGCCAAGAGAUUGCACAGCUACAAAGAGAGAAAUAUUCUCUGGAGCAAGACAUCCGAGAAAGAGAAGGAGCUAUCCGGCAGAAAACCAAUGAAGUUCAGGAGCUGCAAAAUGAUUUAGAUCGGGAAACCAGCAGCUUGCAAGAACUGGAGGCUCAAAAGCAGGAUGCUCAAGAUCGCCUGGAUGAGAUGGAUCAACAAAAGGCAAAGCUGAAAGAUAUGUUAAAUGAUGUAAGGCAAAAGUGCCAGGAGGAGUCACAAGUGAUCACAUCAUUAAAAAUGCAGAUUCAGUCCCAGGAAUCAGAUCUAAAGUCCCAAGAAGAUGACAUCAGUAGAGCAAAAACUGAGUUGAAUCGGCUUCAGCAGGAAGAGACCCAGUUGGAGCAGAGCAUCCAGGCUGGGAAAGUACAACUGGAAACAAUAAUCAAAUCUUUAAAAUCCACUCAGGAAGAAAUUAACCAGGCAAGGAGUAAAUUAUCUCGGCUUCAAGAGACCCUUCAGGAAGCCAACCAGAGCAUUGAACAGUACAAUGAAGCUUUAAAUGGACUUCACAGUGGCAGCAUGACUAACCUGGCAGAUCUGAAUGAGGGAAACAUCCAAAAAGACCGGGGCGGGUUUGGGACUUUGGAUGAUCCAUUCAAGAACAAAGCCCUACUUUUCAGCAAUAAUGCCCAGGAGUUGCAGACGGACCCUUUUCAAACUGAAGAUCCUUUCAAAGGAGCAGAUCCCUUCAAAGGCAGCGAUCCUUUUCAGAAUGAUCCUUUUGCUGAACAGCCUCCUGCAGCAGCUGAUCCAUUUGGAGGUGAUCCAUUUAAAGAAAGUGACCCAUUCCGGACAUCUGUGCCUGAGGAUUUCUUUAAAAAGACUGAAAAAAGUGAUCCGUUCACUUCAGACCCUUUCUUGCAAAAUUCCACACUGCCCUCUAAACCAAACCUCUUUGAGAACAGUGACCCUUUCCUAACUCUGAGCAUGUCUUCUUCGAAAGGGCCAGAUCCUUUUGGGACAUUAGACGCCUUUGGUAGCAGCAGCUUCAGUACCCAUAGUAGUGAAGGAUUUGCAGAUUUCAGUCGAAUGUCAAAGUCGCAAACAGAUGUCUCUAGAAGACUUAGGAGCAGGACAUACGAGCAGCCUCCGGCUUCUGAUCCAUUCUCCUCUUUUGGAGGAGCUGGAUUCUCUGAUGAUCCUUUUAAGACUAAAGCAGACACUCCUGCCCUCCCGCCGAAGAAAAAUAUGCCUCCCAGGCCUGAGCCACCCAGUGGUAAAAGUCCUCCUGUAAGCCAAGUCGGGUCUUCCAAUUUUGCCAAGCCCCCUGAUCCAUUUCAGCCAUUCGGGGCUGACAGCAGUGACCCGUUUCAGAGUAAAAAGGGGUUUGGGGACCUAUUUAGUGGAAGAGUCCUGUUUGCUCCUUCCUCUUCAAGUAAACCUUCUAAAGACUCUUCCCUGGGGUUUGCUGACUUCAGCUCUCUUGGCAAUGAGGAGCAGCAGUUGGCGUGGGCCAAACGGGAGAGUGAGAAGGCAGAGCAGGAAAGGCUGGCGCGAUUGCGAAGACAAGAGCAGGAAGACCUGGAGUUGGCCAUUGCACUCAGUAAGGCCGACAUGCCGACUUCUUAAAAGCAAGGGUGGCCAUGAAGCAGACCUAUUUCCUGGUACCUGUUCUAGAUCCCUGAUGUCCUUGGGCCAUUUUCCUUUUUUUUUCCCCUCCGUUUUUAUUUCAUGACUUCCAGCUACCUGUGGGGCUGACUGUUGAGGAGCAAACUGCAUUUGAUGGGCUUGGCUUCACGGCAGUCUUUUCGUUUUGUUUUGUUUUGUUUUUUUAAAUUAAGUUAGACUUUCUAGGCUGAAAAUGUUGCUUGUAAGAGAACUUGCAGCAGCCCCAUCCCACUGACUGCCAGAUUUUGCUGCGCUGCAGAAAAACAGUAGCAUUAACGGAGCUGCCACUCGAAACUUCAUUUUUUGCGGAGUGGCAGCGCAGUCACUGAAGCUGCCACUCACCUCUGGUUUCAAGGAGAAGUGUGAUCUUCAUAAAGAGAUUGAUUGUUUUUCUUCUGUAGUUAAGUCUCUUUUAAUUUUCUUCUGUUGGUCAGUGGCCUGAAAUACAACUCGUCAUCAGAGUUCC